UGCAUGAUGGAUAUAUUUUUCUUAGUAUGCUUAUCGUGAUGCUCGUGAGUCGUGACGUACCUCGCGCUGGUGACCAUUGCUGGGAUCAGAUACAGACCCUUCUGACCUAGGUAUAGUCAGAACUAAAUCCAGUCGUGGUUCGUGGGGGGUCCCGGGGCCGGACUGGGCGGAGACUUACAGAUGUGGGUUGGUACAAUGUGGCGAUGUGAGGUCCUGUGUAUUCAGUGGACGUAUGAGAGGACGGCGCAGUCGGCACAGAAAAUCUGAAUAAACUUUGUGUCAAAGUCAGACUACCUCCACGUGUGACCAUGAGAGUACUCCUGCUCCUUACAUUACAAGUGGUGAUAUUGGCCCAGGCUCAAUACCAGGACCGAUACCCUUAUGUAGAGCCAGUUGAGUAUGGACCUGAUUACUUUCCAGAUACUACUGACUUGGAGAGUUCAGACCCAGUCCCGGGUACAUACCAACAGCAAGUUCGACUGCAGCCUGUCGUGCGUCCAGAGAAAACAGAGUUGGAGACUGAGCCCACUGAGCCAGGACCUUUGGACUGCAGAGAAGAGCAAUACCCAUGCACCAGGCUCUACUCAGUCCACAAGCCAUGCAAACAGUGUCUCAACAGCCUCUGCUUCUACAGUUUGCGACGGGUAUAUAUCAUCAACAAAGAGAUCUGCGUGCGGACCGUGUGUGCACAUGAAGAACUGCUCAGAGCUGACCUGUGCAGGGACCAGUUCUCUCGUUGUGGCGUGGCGGCUCUGAGCGGGGGCUGUGGGUCAAUAGGGGGCAGCUGUGGAAAGAGCUGUGGAGGCUGCUGAACUUCAGGGACAAAACUCGCCCGAAAACUGCCGCUGCCAAACCACUUUUGAACAUGUUUUACUCCCGUGCAUUAGGGAUGUAACAACAUUUUAUGGGACUGAAUUGUCAUGGUAUUAACCGCACAGUACAAUAUUUAUUCAAAUUUUAUCGAGAAAAAAGGGAAAACUGCUCACAAAGACAAUACAUAAUGUAAAAAUAACCAUUAUCAUUAUUGUCAUAUAUAUAUAUAUAUAUAUAUAUAUAUA